GAUUUUUUUUUUUUUUUUUUUUUUUGCCCCCUUCCCGGGAGCGAGGAGGCCCCGCCCCCUCCCACCGCCCAGAUGUCUCCGGUCACUGCUUGGAGGACCUUCCUGAGGCCAGGAGCCGAAGGGUCUAGAGAGAGAAGCCCACCCUAGGGAGCCUUGGGGGCCACCUAACCUCGCCUUGGGGCUCGGCCCCCGACGCUGCUUGGAGGAAAGGCCGGUGCCCCCACCCUCGGGGGCUGCCCUCCUCCAAUCCAGUUCUCUCUUCAGCGCUUUUCACAUCUGGAGCCCCCUCCACAUCUGGAAGACCCUGACCACCAUCGCCUGCAGGUUCGGCUGCAUCUAGAGACCUAUGCCUUUGUAACUGCCUAGGAGUUGCGAGGGGAUUGCUGUCUUUCCCCCAUCCCAAGGGCAUCUCUUACCCUUAGUCCUUGCAGAAUCAUCCCCCUGCCUCCGCAUCAGAAGACUCAGGCAAAGAUUAGCUCUGUACACCACAGGCCCUUCACGUCCUGGAAGCUGUUCUUGGGCCCUAAGGUCCCUCCCCUUGCCCUCCUGUGUCCUUACCUUGACCCCCCACCUCUGUCAGACUCUGUCUCCCUCUGGGUGCUCCAUCCCCCACCCAGAGGCAGAGUAGGUGGAGUGGCAGGCUGCAGGGGUUGGGUGAGGGCCGCCCAAGGCCAGGGUAGGCUGGGGGGCCGUUAAGAUGUGGAGCUCUGCCCGGCCGAGGGGGGCUCCGUGGAGGCAGACGAAGCGUGUGCCCCGCUGGGGAGAGCAUGGGCAGGCUUUCGGCCACGUUGUGAAGGAUGAACAUUCGGGGUGCCCCGGACCUCGGGCAGCCCAGUGAAGACCCCAACAGUGGUGGAGAGAGAGAACGGAUUCGACAGCGCAUGAAGAUGGUCAUCGGGCAACUUGAAGGCAUCCUGAGGGAACUCAAAGAAGUGGCUAAGGAGCUGAGGGAGGUGGUGAGUCAGAUCGACAAGCUAACCUCUGACUUUGACUUUGAACUGGAGCCAGACGACUGGACCACGGCCACUGUGAGCAGUACCUCCAGCAGUGACAAGGCGGGUGUGGGCGGCCCCUUUGACCUGGGCCACCUGGACUUCAUGACAGCCGAUAUCCUCUCAGACAGCUGGGAGUUCUGUUCCUUCCUGGAUGUCUCUACCCCAUCAGACUCCGUGGAUGGGCCUGAGGCACCACGGCCAGGCCCAGGCCCUGACUACCAGCUCAUGAAUGGUGGCAUGCCCAUCCCCAACGGGCCACGAGUGGAGACGCCAGACUCCUCCAGUGAAGAGGCCUUUGGUGCUGGCCCUGCAAAGGGUCAAGUGCCCCAGCGGACCCCAGGGACGAGGGAGAGGGUACGGUUCAGUGACAAAGUGCUCUACCACGCUCUGUGCUGUGAUGAUGAAGAGGAGGAUGGUGAGGAGGUAGAGGAGGAGGAGGCGGGCCUGACCCCAGAGCUGCCCCAUGUGGAGCCACACACAGGCCCCCUCAAGCCCUCCCCAGCCCCCUACAAGACCAGGCGCUCUCCAUUGGCCACCCGACGCUUGGGCCCCACGUUGGCCCCAGAACAGACCCGAAGGGUCACAAGGAACAGCAGCACCCAGACAGUAUCAGACAAAAGCACGCAGACAGUGCUGCCCUAUACGGCCACCAAACAGAAAGCUAAGGGCAAAAACUAGGGGCUGGGAGGGGGAUGCAUAGAGCUAUAAAUAUAUACAUAUAUAUUUAAACAAACAGUCAUAAUAAAAUUCAUAAAUACUAA